UUGGCUCCCAUUAAACACAGUAGGUGGACUGAAGAACAAGCAUAACUGGGAUAUGAUUUAUGCAGCCAGUUGCCUCAUGGCUGCCUGCCUUUUCCAAAGUGGCAAAGGGACUGCGGUAGGAGCUACGCAGGUAACUUCCAUAUGUGCCGGCUGCUUUUGAAGCGCCAGCCAGCAAGCUUUCUCUUAAUGGAGCGGUCGAUUUUUCUAACUUCAAGUGGCGUUCCAGUCACUCACUGUAUUUCUUAUGAUCUCUGUGGGACUGUUCUCUGGGUCACCUCCAGUACAGUCAGGUUUGAAUUCUUCGGUGUCUUGCUGCUCUUCACUAGAAGUUAUAAAAAAUAGUAUAAAGAUAAAGAAAUGAUUUGUUUGUUCCUUUUACUCGGUACAUGAAAGUGUGACUGGUAAUCUGAUCCGGUGUGCAAAGACCGAGAGACACUUGAGUUGCUUUGUCUUACUGAACUCUGGACUCUCUUUUUUUACGUAGCAACGAGUGCUGCUGUUUAUUUGUUAUGCCCUACACCGUGUUUCUUCCCACAGCCCUUAGCUCUGCCCACGUAUAUCACCUUGAUUUUGGUACAAGUCAGGGAAUGCUAAUAGUACAACAAAGACUAUUACUUCUGAACAGCAGCGCUGUCUGAAAUACUAAUACUGGUUUAUUUCAUCAGGGCGAGAUUUGAUAAAUCCAUCAAACAGAUUUAUCAUAGCCAAAGUCUUCAAGAAUGCAAGACACAUCUAAGCUCCUAGUCAGAUACAGAAAAGGCACUCUGUUUCAGAGGUGCUCAGGAGUUACGAGAGGUCACUGCAUGGUGUUCAUUGAGCAGACUGGUUUACCCGAAGCCUGAAUAGUUGUUUAUGUAGGGAUUUAGGAUAUUAAGCCAAGAAUCAUGGUUUAUAUGCCCAGAGGUCACUGAAAGUAGAGUGGGCUUUUAGGUGCUUUGGGCUUCUUUGGUAAAAUAAACUUCUAGCAAAAGAAAUUAUUUUAAGGUUUGUAAAAGUCUCCUUGUAAUCAUAAUAUUCUAUAUGUUACACUUCAGUUGUUCUGAUCUGUAGAACCCCUAUGAGAUCUGUUUAUUAGGAGAGAAAUUUUAAGCAGUAGAGUUGAUUAGUCUGAAGUUUUGACGGAUGUGAUUUUAUAAUUCUGCUUCUCCCUCCCAUGCAAUACCAGCUUUGUCAUCAUGUGGCUGCUUUUAUUGGCUGACUCACUCAGUGGUGGGUUUUUGCUAUACUAAGUUCUGUGAAAUUCCUUUGAUAUCCUUUUUAGAUUUUGCUUUGUUUUACUUUCCUGAGGGCAGGUAAUGGAUCAGAGCCAGCUCACCGUUUAAUUAAUGUCUCAUGGGUAGGAAGAGAGGGAGAAAAAAAACAGGGAAGGGAGAGUGCGUCACGUUGGAGGAGGAGGGUAGCAAAGAAAAAUGAGCUUUCUUAAACAAACCGCAUGCAGAGGGACAGGCUGCCAGGGCUCAGGCACUUCUCGGCGGGGGCUUGGUUCUCCUCCCUGCUGGCCACGAUGCAGGAAGCAACUGGAGUCCUGAAGGAGGGCUUCCUCGUCAAACGGGGACAUAUUGUUCGUAACUGGAAAGUGAGAUGGUUCGUUCUGCUUCAGGAUAAGCUGCUGUAUUACAAAAUUGAAGGAGGCAAGAAGGAGCCUUCUCCAAAGGGCAGGAUCCUUUUGGAUGGCUGCACUAUUACUUGUCCAUGCCUGGAAUAUGAGAACAGACCGCUACUCAUCAAACUAAAGACAAAAACCAAUACAGAUUAUUUCCUUGAAUGUUGCUCCAGGGAGGAGCGAGACUCUUGGGCUUUGGACAUCACUGGAGCUAUUCAUGCUGGUCACCCAGUACAGGUACAAGAGCUUCACAGAAUGAAGAACUCUUUCAAACUGCUUGAGAACAUCAGCCUCCACCACAUAGUGGAGAGAAUGUGUGACAACAGUGCUGGAAUUAAGCUGACCCGCAACUUAGAGCAAGGCAACAGCUACAAAGAGACCUUCACAGGUUCUGCCCUGGUGGACUGGCUCAUCUCCAAUAGCUUUGCUGUGUCACGGUUCGAGGCUGUCACCUUGGCAUCCAUGCUGAUGGAGGAGAACUUUAUCAAGCCUGUGGGAGCCCGUAGCACUGAGGCCACGCGCUGCGGUGACCUCUCUGAGCAGUUCCUUGAUGACUCCACUGCACUGUACAUGUUUGCUGAGAGCAGUAAGAAAAAUAUCAGUUCCAAGGAAGAGCUACAAUUUAACAUCUCUGAAUUAAGCGGCACAAUUGUGAAGCAAGGAUUCUUAGUGAAACAGGGACACAAGAGGAAAAACUGGAAGGUGAGGAGAUUUGUUUUGAGAGCUGAUCCUGCUUUUUUGCACUACUAUGACCCCACUAAGGAAGAAAACAGGCCAGUAGGUGGAUUUUCUCUUCGUGGCUGUCUUGUUUCAGCUCUGGAGGACAACGGAGUCCCAGCAGGAGUGAAGGGCAAUGUGCAAGGCAACCUCUUCAAAAUCAUCACCAAAAAUGACAUUCAUUAUUAUAUCCAGGCCAGCUCCAAGGCAGAGCGAACACAGUGGAUUGAGGCAAUCAAACCACUGACAUGAAUAAGGUGGACUCCAUGCCAAAUGAUAAGUCACAUUUGUCACCAAGUUUCUUGCUCUCAUUGUCUGGGAGUGUUGUUUUUCCCUUAGAUAGUCUAUUUUUGUUAUUUGUAUCACCAUAGCACCUAGUAAUUCCUGGCAGACAAGCAUCCUAGCUGCCUAGGAGUCAUGUAGAUCCAGAAUAAUCCCCAACCAAGAACUUACCAUCUAACCAAGAGACAAAAGACAACAGGUGAAUACAGAAAAGCGGGACUUUGCAAGGGAACAAUGAGAUAUGAUAUUCCAAGAUGGAAUAAAAUUAUUCUUUUGUACAAGUAUUCAGUUUAUAUCUGACAGAUCCAGAUCUGCUUUAUCCUAAAGCAGAAAUGUCUUGUUCCUUUCCCCUUUAUAAAGGGGCUCAUAAGCUUAAUUAGUUAAGACUGACUGACUGAAAGUCAUGAAAGGUGCUGGAGUCUGAGGCUGCCUUUCUUUGUAUACCACAAGAGUCUUGUGCUAAGCCACAAUCCAGCUGCCAGGAUAAUUGCUAUUGCAAAACAAACCAGGGGUCUGUCUGUCCAUUCAUCUGCUCUACUAUUUGGUUCUCUGUUAGGCUUGAAAAGACCAAAGGAUCCUCCUCACCAAUAUAUAGAUUAUUCUUGUACUGGUAAUGGCCUAUAGCAGCACAGGACCCUGAGUAUCAAAUCAGAUCAGUGGCAGUUAUUCCAGACAACCAUCAGUGCUGAAUAUAUUGGAAGAAAACACUCAGCCAUAAAAGCAAGACUUUUCCUCCUGAUUAUCACUGUAAGUCCAUUUAUGUGGAGGACCAUUGGGACUGAGAACUCUACUAGCAGUUCUGACUAUUGCUUUUUCUAUUUUAAGCCAUUAAAUUUUCCAUUAUUUGUCUAGUAAACUUGACUUUGAUAUCAUUAAAUAUAAAAAACAAGUUCAGUGCAUUUGAAUCUCCUGUGUCCUUUAGAUAUGAUUUUUCUCAGAGGGCAGUUUGAGUGUAUGAAAAUAAUGGUUUCAUACACCGUAAAUUUAGAUAUAUAUAGAAACUGAGACAUUCUCCACAACACCAGAGGGGAGACUGGAAUGUGUGAGGUUACGAAUGCACCUGACCAGCCUGAUGAUAUACUAUUUUCAUAAAAUUCCUCGUGCUAUCUGAGUACCUGUAUCUGACAGCCAGAUUCUGCAGAGCUUCCAAAAGCCAUCUGAAGAGAGCAUGCUAUAUGUCUUCCCUGAAGUCACAGAGGAAUUUGAUAGCCUUCUAUCCACAGAACCACCUCUUUGCAGAUUUUUUGUUCUCCAAGUUAUGUACUGAAAAAGUCUCUUUGUCUAGAGACAUUCCCCUUCAUUCUGUGUUAUAACCAACCAAUCAUAACAGAGCCAAAGGCAGCAUCU